GGCCGAGCCAGCCAACAGCUAGCGGACGGCAGCAGCGGGCAACGAGCGGCAUGCGGCGCGGGGUGGCGGCACGGACGGCGGUCUAGCCCUCGAGUUCUGGUGUUGAGUGUGCUGUGAGCAAGUGGGGAUCACGAGUGACGUUGACUGUUGGACACCACAAUGAGAAUAAAGAUGAUCUGGUGGUGGCUGCUGUUGCUGGCGGCGGCGCUCUGCUGCGCGGCCUUCGAGCUUCCAGAGAAGGGACGCGGCUGCGUCGUGCUGCGGACGCACGGCAUGCUGGGAGCGGACUGCAGCUCCAGGGACCUCAGGGACGUCCCGCAGAACCUCGACACCCGCAUAGAGGUUCUGGAUGUGUCUGACAACAAGAUAAGAGAGCUCACUACCAACUCUCUGUCAAAAUAUUCCAGUCUGAGGUUUCUCUACUUAGGAGAUAACACGAUAUACCUUGCGGACGAUGGAGUGUUCACUCCUCUAAGUUCCCUAGAGGUUCUCGAUCUCUCUUUGAAUGUAUUCCGUAGAAUACCCUUCGAUGUUCUGCGGUUGCCCGUGUUAAGAAAACUCGACUUUUCGCAAAACGGGAUUAUUCUGGACGAUCCAGAUGUUUACAAAGGUGCUCCAGUCAGCAACAGCCUGAAGGUGCUGUCACUUGCCAAGAACAAGCUGAAAGAAUUUCCCCCUCUGUGGAUGGUGCCUCAGUUAGAGUACUUAAAUGUUUCAGGGAAUGAACUGCGAAGUAUAAAAAUCACAGACAUUGCUCCAAUGUGUCGCUUGAAAGAAAUAGAUGCAAGCCACAACUCAAAAUUGUUUAAAGGUGGACUCGAUAAGUGUGACUGUUACUUGUUCUCCACAUGGAUUGAGAGGAGGAACAUUAAGUUAAUUCCGCAAGUGUCUCUCAACUGCCCUCCAACCGAUACAGAACUCUGUGAGAAUUCAACAUCACUGAGAGAAGCAUUAGAUCUCCAUUCGAGAUGUAAUAGCAAAGUAGAGACAUUUCAGCGUCAAGCUGCAAUAAAGAAGACAUGGAUGUGGGCAGGGAUAGCAGCUGCUAUCUUUGUGAUCAUUGUGCUCACUGGGGCACUGUUUAUGCACUGCAGGAAUUCCUCCAGGAGAAAAGUGUCUGCAAACAAUAACAACCAGAUGGUGUGUAAUGAUGUGAAGAAAAUGCCUCCAGACCCUUCAUCUUCGCAGCUCCUACAAGACUUGUAGUUCUUAAUGGAGCAGAGAGUGACUCGAGCUUCCUACACUUUCUCUCAUCUCUUUGUACAUAAAACUGUUCUGCAAUACGACUGUGAUGUUUCUGUGAUGUAAGUGGUUAGUAUUAGUUUCGCUUCGUGAAAGUGAAUGCACUGAAAAUAUGAUAGUGCAAAGACAUUCAAAGACAAUAUAUACAAUCACUUUAGUGUUCAGUGUGGCUGUGACUAGAGCAAGAAACUAUAGCUUACAAACUUACCAUGUCCAGCAUUUAUGUGCCUAAGAAGUGUUCCAUGAAGUUUAUGAAAGUUAUGACAACUCGAGGAGAUAACAGACCAAGCAAAUCUAUUUGAAAUUUUGCUGCAGAUCAAAGGCAGUUAAAUAGCAUUCAUCAUCUUAUUGAGUGAGAAGCAGUUUUUGGCAAAACUAUGAACUUCAAAAUGAAAGAAUGAAGUAAGAGUAUAUUCAAUAAUAAAAGUUUGCUGGAAUUGGCUGUGUUCUUUUCAGCAGAUAUUAUUUUCAAGAUAGGCUGUAGAGGUUAUCUAAUUCAUACUGCUUUAGAACGUGAAUGAGGUUUAUUUCUGAUGUGUUUAGGUGAAAAUAAGGGGACCCCCAAGGUUUCUCAUUGCCCUCAACAAUAUUUUUACUCCUCUAAAAUUAGUAUAGAGCUAAAAGUUAAAGAGAAAAGUGAUCUUAAAACCUACGAGCACCUUCAUUUAGCAAUAUUUAUUAUAGAACAGUUAUUUUGAUUAUGAACUGUUCAAAUUCCUAUGUCGCAUUGUUACAAUCUUUGUUGAGGUACUGGUACAGACGUUAACUGUCAACAGAAUCUGCAUGGAAGUCAUUUGAGUAUAAAUAUUAUUGAUGUUUUAAAUUUGAUUAAGACAGUAUAAAAAUCUCCAGUAACAGAAUGUUACUUUUAAUGACAUCCAUGAAAUUGCAGAGGCAGUUAUAUAAAAGAUUAAAUUUGUUAUGUAGUGACGAGUGUGUCAUUUUAUCAGAUAUGCUGAAUGGUGACUUGUACUAUAUCAGACGAAGUUUGGAAAGUUGGACAGUUCCUAUAUGUUCUUCUUGAAUGCACUGUAAAUAUGCUCAUUCAGUGAACUGCUUGUUAAUUAUCAGAAUGCAGUAAAAUCAUUUCUCACAGUGUAGCACAAUGACAGCAACAAUGCUGAGUAGGUGUUCUUACCUUACAAUCUAUGUAACAUAAAUCACUGCUGAUCAAUAUAUUCGAACUAAUUCGGUGAAUGUUAGACAUUUAAGCCAGUUCGUAGGCUAUUUUCUUGUUAGUAUGAGCUUUUGUAUGUUGUAACUUGACUGAAAAUGAGGUUUUGCCAACAUUUUGGUUUCAUGUAGUGUGUUCAAUAUUUGCUAGUGAUCACCACCUUGCAUGCCCCCUGCCCGCCCUUCCCAUCACAUAUACAUACACAGUUACAAAUUUUAAAUCCUACAAGUUUUCCAGUUUAAUGUAGGUGCUUGUAAACACAUCUCUUCUUUUUGUUCUUUUGCCCAUUUUCUUCAUAAUGUGGAAUGUUAAUGGCCCAUGUGAGAUUUACUCAUUAGUCAUUUGGCAAAAUAGUGCAUGUGUAACAUUAAGCUAAAACCUUAUUUUCCUUCCUACCUUUAAUUUUCUAGAUACUUUCCACAUACAGUUAGACAAUAAAGUCACUUGUGUUGUGUGAUGUGUAUUAAUCUCUACUUGUCUAGCCAGAUUUCACAGUGUAAAAACUGCCUAAUAUGUUGUUACAGUUUUAAAUCCUGUUUUUUUAUUGGGUCUUUUCGUAGGCUAAGAGUUGCGAAUUUUGUAGGUGUGUUACACUCUUAAUGUCUUCAUGUUCAGUGUAUCAUAUAAAUCGGCUUUACAUCUUUAAGUUAAAGGGAGUAUCAAUGCUCUAUCCUGAUAAUGUUCAAUUUAACAUAGUUGUAGCCCAUUCCUUUAGGAACUAUCAGAGACAUUAAAACUUUGAAAGGAUGUAGUGAAAUAUCUUACACAUUCACUGAUUUCUUAGCACAUAUCUCACUUUGUUAGGGAUCAAGACAUGAAUUUAAUGUAGGUCUUAAAAAUUUAAGCAACUUUUAAAAAAUAUUUUUAUGAUCAAAGAAUGAGUGCUAUCUGUACCAGUGUAGAUCCACAUAAAUAAAUAUCACCACCAAUAAGAGGUAAAAAUUACAUAACAUUAGUUCGAGUAGCUUCUGAGAUAAUGGGAAACACUUGCAAAAACCUAGUUUAUCAGAAAUUGCACUUGAAAGUUGAAGUAAAGGAAAACUCACUAUUGAAUGAAGUGACAGCCUAAGCCUCUCCAGCUUUCGAAUCUUUCUCUUUCUGGGGAUCUUGCUGCUGCUGCUGCUGCUGCUGCUGCUGUUGUAUUUUUUAACAAAGUUUCUGCCUUGAGGACUCACUGACUAUCCAUUUCUUGAAGGAUUGUCUCUGUAUUGUGGCCAGACUUCAAAUUUCUUCAGAACUUUUAUUCUGUUUGCAUUCAUCACUGAAGGAGUUCACAGCACUAUUGACCCCAGUAUUCACUCUUUUCAAGCCCACAAAUACACAUUUGUACACCCUGGUCCAUUUUACAUUGUUGACUCAUUUACAGUUUGAGGAUUUCCUGCAAGGCAUUUCUUCAGAAGAUCUGGAUGUCCUAUAUCUCUAUGUGCUGGGUUUACUACUGCUCUAACAGCUUCAGGGAUGGCAUUUCAAUGGGUAUACUUAGUUCCUGUUGCCUCAGCUCUAAAGUAUUACACGAGUCAAUUGAACACAAUUUGUGUAGUGGUUUCUCAUCACUUAACUUUGCCCAGACAGCAUUUCUCAUUUCUUACAGGUUAUCUGUAUUCUUGCUAAUGGCUUGGCCAAAGUAUUCACUUUUAUGUCAGCCAGACAUCAUUUAAACAGUCUCGCCUUCUUCAACCUUUUUGCUAGAAACGUUCUGCCUGAUUUUAUGCAGUCAGGUAUCCAUUCAUUUACGCACAGGACACAUAUUCUAACUUUCGUGGUGUUACAUCGUCAUAGGGCCUGCUGUCAAUUAUUGAUUUGAAUGAACUGGAAUCACCAUCACAAUGAAUUCAGCAUAGCAAACCCCAUGUUGUUCUUGACAGUGCUGAAAGAUCCUCAGUGAUAAGAAACUUCCAUACCUCCACUGGAUCCCUCAUAUGUUUUUUGACAGUUAUGUUCAUACAGUUGUUUAUUUUCAUUAUUAGUACCAACUUUUGUGCAUCUACGGCAAUGUUUCAACAGUACUUCAACAUCAAGCAUCUGCCCCUUAUCAAUACUUACAGCAGCUGCACUAGAUUGUUUAGCUUCAUGGUCCAUUUUCUUCCACAGUCCAUCAAAUGCUAUUCAAAUGUUAUUGUUACCAUUAUUUCUGUCAACUACUUUUACUGUUGCAGAUUUAAUUGAGUCUUUGCUAUUACUUCUACCACCAUUUCCCCCAAAAGCAUCUGUGUACCUUGAAACAUUAGUAACUGACAAUGACAGAUUCAUAAGAGCACACAGUUUUUCCAGCCCAAGAGUCUUUACUGAUGCAUUUCAGCCCAUAGAAAUAUCUGAUGUUCGUCUCAGAAAGGAUACUGUUCUACAUUCUUCAGAGGUCUAGAAUUCUUUCUUACUCUCUCAUCUCGAACAAGAUACUUCCAAACUAAGAACUAAACUAUUUCUUUUGAAGACAUUUUUAGAAAUUAUCCUCUCUCCAUCACACAGAUUACAGCAUUCAGUUUCAUUGAACAUUGUGGUCAUUCAUUACUGUUAACAGGCCGCUUCUUCAAAGCACUUGAUGUAAAGCAUUUCAUUCAGUGUUGCCUGCCCUAACCACAUUCUCUGAAUGUGGGGUUACAAAAGGUCAUGAUCUUUAGAAUCCAUUUAAAGGAUUUCUUCUCCUCCCAAUUAUUCCCAUUGGUGGAGUCAUAUUAAAGAGAGAGACACAAUUCAGUGAGCAACACGUUCAAAUGUACACUAUGAAAGGUGUAAAGCGAGUUACAAAAAUUGGUUGUUACUACACAUUAUACCACAAACAGGAAGUGGUAUCAGAGCAACCAAUGUAACAGCAGGUGGUUUACUGUAAAUCAACGUAAAUCACGGUCUUCAGGACCAAACAGCUCCCGAGAUAACUUGUUGUAACUGUGAAAGUGUUCAUUGAAACUGUAGAAAUUACUUAAUUACUUAAUUUUAAAAUAAAUUAAAAGUACAUAGUUAUCUAAAAUGUACAGAACAUACACAAAAUUAGAGAGAAAUUC